UAGCAUCAAGCGCUAGCUUGUUGUUGUGAAUAUUUUUUUUCUGUGUUCUGGUCGGGAAGCGGCUGUGUUAUAAAUCCACUCGGUGAAUUAAAAUGCCCUUGUUUGAGGUUUUGGGGAGCGGAGGAGAGAAAACAGCUGUUGUCAUUGAUUUAGGAGCUGCGUAUACAAAAUGCGGCUUUGCUGGCGAGACCGGGCCAAGGUUUAUCAUUCCUAGUGAGAUCCAGCGUCCUGGACUCCAGCAGCCCAUUAAGGUGGUGCAGUACAACAUAAACACAGAGGAGCUGUACGCCAACCUGAAGGAGUUCAUUCACACAUUGUACUUUAGGCAUUUGCUUGUGAAUCCACGUGACAGAAGAGUGGUUAUCAUCGAGUCCAUCCUCUGCCCUUCACACUUCAGAGAAACACUAUCACGAGUCUUCUUUAAACACUUUGAGGUUCCAUCAGUGCUUUUUGCUCCCAGCCACCUAAUGUCCAUCAUGACUUUAGGCAUCAACUCUGCUCUUGUGAUGGACUGUGGACAUACAGAAACGUUGGUGUUGCCCGUUUAUGAAGGCAUUCCUAUUCUGUCUGCAUGGGAAGCCUUGCCAAUGGGUGGAAAAGCCAUUCACAAGGAGUUGGAAAGUCUGCUAAUAGAGCAGUGCACAGUGGAUACAGACUUGAGCACCGGCCAGAGUUUACCAACUGUCAUAGGCACCAUUCCAGAAGAAGUUGUAGAGGAUAUCAAAGUGAGGACGUGCUUUGUCAGUGACUUGCAGAGAGGUCUGAAAAUCCAGGAGGCCAAGUUCAACAUGGAUGGAACUGCAGAGAGACCUGCUCCUCCACCAGAUGUUGAGUAUCCCUUGGACGGAAGGAAGAUCCUUCACGUAAAGGGGUCAAUCAGAGACUCGGUUGCAGAGAUGUUGUUUGAGCAGGACAAUGAAGAAAAAUCUAUUGCAUCACUAGUGCUUGACACUCUUGUUAAGUGCCCUAUUGACACGCGUAAGGUUCUGUCUGAGAACUUGAUGGUAAUUGGUGGAACAGCUAUGCUGCCUGGCUUCCUUCACCGCCUCUUGGCUGAAAUCCGCUUACUAGCAGAAAAACCCAAAUACCGUGACGCUCUCGCUACCAAGAGCUUUCGCAUCCACAGUCCACCAGCAAAGCCCAACUGCACUGCCUGGCUAGGAGGGGCUAUAUUUGGAGCACUGCAGGACAUCCUGGGUAGUCGUUCUGUGUCCAGAGACUACUACAAUCAGACAGGCCGCAUGCCUGACUGGUGCAGUCUCAGUAGUCCUCCACUGGAGUCACUGUAUGACGUUGGAAAGACAGGCCCACCACUCAUGAAGAGAGCAUUCUCCACAGAGAAAUAAUCCACUAAUAACGCAUUGAGACAUAGACUUGCAUCAUCAAAUCUUCUUACCUAGACUAACUUUAUCAAAAGCAGUUAUGUAUCUUGUUUCUGAUUUUGUGUGUGUAGCUCUUCACAAAAAGAAGAGCAGUGGAGGAACCACUGGUGGCAGUUUCAUCACGUAAACUCACAAAGGGCAAGCUGACUGGAAUAGCAUUUUAACUCCAUGUCCCUUUAUAAUUUAAGUUUAUAAUGUACCACUGCUGUGACAAGAAGUCCACUGCUAUUGAUCUGGGGAAAAUAACAUUUAUUAAAAAUAUCUGGACCCCCCCCAUCAUUCCGUACAUCUAUUUGUGUCGUAUUUUCAGUGUGUUUUAAAAAUCUUGCACUGAGACACAGUACCAGUCAAAGGUUUGGACACACCUACUCAUUCAUCGGGGUUGUUUUUUGUUCUCAACGUUGUAGAAUACUGAAGACAUCAAAACAAUGAAGUAGCAUGUAUGGAAUUACGUGGUAAACAAGUGUUAAACAAAAUAUGCUUCCUAUUUUAGAUUAUUCAAAGUAGCUGCCGUUUACCUUGACACUUUACACACUAUUGGCAUUAUCUUAACCAGCUUCAUGAGGUAGUCACCUGGAAUGCUUUUCAGUUAACAGAUGUGUCUCGUCAAAAGUUAGUGCAAUUUCUUGCCAAAGUCAAAUAGUAAAUAAUAAAAAUACAGUAAAUGGCCCUAUUCCACAACUGUAGUAAUCCAUAUAUUAUGUGAGGAACCGCUCGACUAAGUAAAAGAGAAACGACGUCGUCAUUUACUUUAAGACAUGAAGUGUGGUUUUAAUUUUAAAAAAAGAUAAACCAUUGAAUUAUUAGAUGUGUAUAAACUUUUGACUGGUACUGUAAGUUAAAAGAACUUGUAUUUAAUUUAUUUGCACAUUAGAUACUGAAAAUGCUGUUUAAAAAACAUGGUGUCUUUUAUGUGUACUAAAUAAAUGUUCCAAAAUAAA